AUGGACAACAAGGAAAUCAAUUCUGCUCUGAAUAGCCAAGGUAGCCAAGAUGCCCUUGAAAGGCGAGAAACCGUAUCCCUCACCUCCCGUGAAUCCCAAUCAAACACAAAUUUCGAAGAGGAGAAGAACGAGAUAGGACUAAACAAAUCUGAAGAGGAUUCCAUCAUGACGCUUGGAUCGGAACCGAUGGCCUCGCAGACGAUCAAGGUUUACCUUCGAUUGAAGCCCUUCCCGCCAGAGAUCGAGCUUACAAAAGAACAAGAAGACGCUUAUACCAUCGUCAAUUCUACAACGUUGUUAACGAAAUUCCCGGGUCUCGACGUAAGCACGAGAUCCCUGAAGAAUGUCAAGGCGAACGAAAGGGUGUGCAGAACAUUUACCUUCACGUCUGCCUUCGGGCCGUCCAUCACCCAGAAGGAAUUGUUCGACGGAGCGAUCAAGCCUCAGGUCGAGGAUUUCUUAGCCGGACAAAGCUCGACUGUCAUGAGUUAUGGCACUUCCAAUUCAGGAAAGUCUUACACCCUUAACGGGGUCCCCUCGGCGCCCGGGAUCAUUCCAUUGAGUAUUAAUUUCGUGUUCCGUAACGCAAACUCAACGCUGUCAACGCCGUGGUACAAGCCGAUUUAUCAGAGUCACGUUAUUGGUUUGAGCUCGACGGAGCGAGUGCGCGAACUCGAGAUAAGAGACAAGCUGCUCUCUUUCCCGUUUCCGGAGAAGACGGAAUUUAUUAACGCCUACCAAACUAUGCGGGAGACGAUCAGAGCGACAGAGAGCGAUUCGACGCUGUCUCAUAAUGAGAACCUUAUGUACUCAGUUUGGAUUUCCUUCGCCGAGAUCUACAACGACGCUAUAUAUGAUCUGCUGUCAACUGACUGCCAGAAGAAAAAAGUACCGUUAAAAAUGGUGACGGACAAACAAGGCAGGACAUUUAUCAAGGACUUAAGAAUGGUCUACGUCAACUCCGAUGAGGAGGCAUAUCAGGUUUUACUAGCCGGACAGUUCAGGUCGAAGACCGCAGCCACGGCGCUGAAUUUUCGAAGCUCUCGUUCGCACUGUAUAUUCACGAUUAAACUCCUCAAGUAUUACGCGGAGAGCGCGACCGAGGACGUCGAAGUCAGCGCUUUGUCUUUCUGCGAUUUGGCAGGAUCAGGACGCUUGAAGAUGACGAAAAACGUGGGGGAUCGACUCAAGGAGACGCAGAAUAUAAAUACGAGUCUGUUGGUUCUUGGCAGAUGUUUGAAAUCUAUAUGGGAAGGACAGUCGUUGAGGCAAAAAUCGGAGCUGCUCGGACCGUUCCGCGAAUCAAAAUUGACACGGUUAUUUCAGAAAGCUUUAUCCGGGAAGGAGCAGAUCACUCUGAUCGUCAAUGUGAACCCUGUGCCAAGUUUGUACGCCGAGACGCAAAAUGUGCUAAAUUUUUCUGCCAUCGCAAAAAAAAUUAUCAUAGAACCGGCUAAGGAGGUUAAGAAAAAAAUGUUCACGACAAGAUUUUCGCGGGCCGUUUCGCAGAGUGUGAAAACUUAUACCGAUUGGGAUCACGCAGUGGUAGAAGAUCUUACGCACGAAGUUUAUCCGGAAAAGAGCGAAAACUGCGACUACGUUCUUCGCGAAUGUUACGAGGAUUUGAUAGCGGAACACGAAAAAUUACAGGGAGAGUACGCAGAGUUGAAAAAGUCUAUGAUAGACAAGGAUCUGGAAAUUCGCGAAGAAAUGGCCAACACUUAUACCGGGUUGAUAAACGACCUCGAGGCCAGCUGGAUGAGUCGUUCAAAGGACGUGGAAGAGCAGCAGGAGCAUCUUCUUGCCUGGUCGGUGAACCAAGUGGAAAAUUUUUACAAAGAAAAGCUAAACUGUCUGAACAGUAGGAAACGCAGGCGUUGGGACGACGGCGAUGCUGUUGACGACAGGGAAGCCGAUAUCCGAGAAAUGGAGGCUGAGAAUGCCAGUUUGACUGCGAAAAUUCUCGUUUCUAAAGAGACAAUUAAAGAGCUCAGAUCAGCCAGGGAAAAUGCAAUUGCCGAGAAAAAUAAAGCUGUCUUCGAGCUGUCACUCCUCAAGGAGGAACUGAGGGGCGUGAAAAAAAUGCUGGAAGCAGCUGAAAAUGAUAUUCGACGUAAGGAUGACGGAGCGCAUUUCACCGAGGAACUAAAGAGGCAACUUAACAGUAGAGAGGAGCGCAUUAAAAAUCUUAAAGAAUUUCUAAACGAGGCCAAGGAGGAGUACAUUAGGAUAACUUCGGACGCCCGUCGUAUGCAGGAAGAAUUGAUCGAGGCGAACGCGAAUCUCAUUGAGCAUGCCGAGAAGAUCGACGACCUUGAAGAGCAGCUGGACCAAUCGAGCGUGUGCUUGGCGGAACGAUCAAAGCGGCUAGACCAGAUUACGGAAAAAUUAGAGUGCCAAACCAAGCAGUUGGCCGAUGCUGAAGCGCGAGUGAUUUACACAGAGGGAGAGUUGAAGAAAUCUGAAUCUAUUCGGUUGAACCUAAUGGGCGCGGUUGAAGAUCUGAACAAGAUGCAUAAAGUUGGAUGCGUUCGUGCUCAGAAGAACUCUAAUCCUACCGAGCACAAUUUCGGCCUAUUUCCUUAUGAUGCUGAUUGUGAAUUAACCGUGACUGGACUUGAAGGCAUGAAAAUAAAUAGGGAAAUAACCAGUAUUGAAAUAGAAAAUUCACCCAUUCAAGGUGAAUUUGUGACAACGAAACGGUUCGAAAACACCAGAGACCGAAUUAUGAGUUUGGAUUCGCUAAACGAGGGAAUUUUUCAAAGGCAAGAUGCUAGUAGCACUGAUAACACUGACGGUUCUGUUUGUAACGAAUAUCAAAGCUCUUUCAAAUUCAGUACUGCCAGCGGUAUAGAUGAUUCUGGCAUUGCAGUGACCAUGAGCAGUGAAAAUCAAACUAUGGAACGAAUUAAUGAACCAGUAGGUACAGAUUUGGAAACCGAUGGCAGAAAUAGUAAACUGAGCAUUACUGGGUUAUAUAUUAAAAAUUCGGUGGGUGAACUACUGGAUAGGUUGCAGUUAAAAUUUGAUAAUUUGGGGAAUAGAAAACCAAUUCUCCAGAGGCCAGAAAAUGCCAAGCAGGAAGUAAAAAUCGUCGAAGCUAGUUUUGAGAGUAACGAAAUUCCACUAACAGAUAGAAGAAUAUCAACGGAGACGGAACUACGAUCACUCAGUUUUAACAACUUGGAAAAGGAUGCACGAGUAACAGAUAUUUUUGUGCAAUUGGAAGUAAAGGUAGUAAAUUGCGAGGCAAAAAUGGAAGCGUUUGAAAAAGACGUCAAGCUCCGACAAGACGAGGAAAGGCGUUACUUAGAUUCCUUGAACGACAAAGUAUCGAAGCUUGAAAAACAGCUGUCACAAACGAACAUACAAUCCGAAAAAACUGCCACAGUAUACUUCAAUGAGCAUGAGAUGAGAAUCGAUGAGUUGCAGAAAGAAAUUUCUGAAUUGAAGCAUCGGGAUCUGAUCAAGAUGCCGCCAAUGGAAGCAAGUAUGGACGUGACGCUGAGGAGUAGCAUCCAAAUGUUGAGCGAGUUAGAGCAAAGAGCCAAAACAUCUGAAGAUAUUUUAGCGAAGUGUCAGUUGCAGGCAGACCAUCAUCACAGACAAUUGCUUGCCAACAUGGAAAGACUGUCAUCCGUCGAAAGCAAAAUACAAAGCUGGCUGCUACAAGAGGUGAAAAAUAACGACACAGGUCACACCUCGAAUGAUCAAUCACUGACUGAUUUGCAACUAGUCAAGGAUGAAGAACGCUUUCUUAUUGUCGAAAAAAAUCUCCACCAAAUAGACGGAGUAGAUGUUAAGCACGUUCGUGAAAACAUGAAAAAAAUUGCCUCCGAAACGAAAGAUACUAUCCGAAAAGACGGAAAGUUCCUUGGAGAGCAACAAAUCGAGAAAUAUCAGAAGAACAAUGAUCAGAGAUUGUCAAAAAAUUUGGAACCCAAUUGCAAAUAUAGCGACGUUUCUUUGGAUGACGGAGCAUCUCCAACCAGAGUGGACCUUCUCGCAGCGUCGACGCCAACGCGGCAGAGUGGAGCUGACCAAUUUGAUGCCAAAUCAGCGCCGUUCGAUUGUCAAAGUAAAACUAUAACCCCAGUCCUACCUGUUGAAGAAGCAUCUCUAAUGGUCAGAGAUACGUUGAUCACCCGAUCAAACAUAAACGACACAGGCUCGUGUUUGGAGCCACCUGAGGUACAGACUGUAUUGCGUUCCCAAGAUAUUAUGAUUAUAAUAUUUAUUGUUAUCGUUCAUUUGUUCGAAUUGAUUUGA